UUAUAAGUUUAAAUUUCAAAACUGUUCCAACUCUUUUGGGUUGUUCUAAAAGCAGAAAUAAAUUUCUAACGUUUUAAAAGCAAACAAAAUAUCAAAUUCUCUUAGUGAUAGAAACAAAAGCAAAUUAAAAAUUAAUUAUCUUGUUCAACUUAGGUUAUAUCAGCCGCUCUUCAAAAUUACUCGAAAAUCAGGACCUCAAUAUAAUAUUUUUUUAGAAAACAAAAUUGCACUCAACUUUCACAGUUAUGAAAGUGUAUUAUAACUAUAAGUGGAUGAUUUUUUUAUUUAUAAUGGCGAUUCUUUACGAAAUUACUAUUGAAAAGAAAUCAAAUAUACGCGUGUAUCGCCAUAACAAAUCUAAUUUCAGCUCUUCCUUCGGGAAAAACAAUCGGAAGUAUUCAAUUUUCAAUGAAAGUAUGACAAGUUUAAGACCUUUUACAUCACACAAGUUAAGGGUUCAGCGUGGUAUUCAUUCUAGAGCAAAUAGAAACAAUGAGAAAGAGCAAAAUGGUGUCAAAAAUAAUAAAAUAUCUUCGAAAUUAUCGAAAUUGGAGGAGCAACACACUAAGGAAUCAUUAAAGAAUAUUAGAGAAACGAACAAAGAUAAAUCACAGGUUUCUUCUAAUGACAAAAAUGAAGUGGACAGCAGUUACAAGUAUUUAAAAUCUUUAUUGAAUGCUGAAGAACCAAAUGAUAAAGAAAAUUUGAAAUUAGGUCAACGUUUCAUUCCAAAAGAAAAAUCAAAUGUAGAAGAAGAAAAUAAAUCAAAUACCAAACAAUUAGCGAAGAAAAAUGUUUUAAUGAAGCAAAAUUAUAAGCAACAAUCUCAUUUGUUAGAUUUAAAUAGUUUUCACUAUCUUAACAAUAUGGCCUCCAAGAAAGAUCGAAAAUCGAUUAAAGUUCAAAAGGUCAUUUCAACUGAAAAUAAGAAAGAUUUAAUUAAGGAUAAAUCCGACAGAAAUAAAUCAUCUGGAAAUGUUGUUUUCUUUGGUAUAUUAGUCAAUGGAGAUAAUCAAACAAAGAAAAUUUUCGAACAUAAAAGUCAUAUCGUUCGAGAGUCGUACGUGGAGAGAAAAAUGAAAGGUCCUGAGAAUAAAGCAUCUUUGCCAGAAAACUCUGAGAAUACCAUUAAAAAUUCUGAUAAAUCUUCAAAAAUCUUACCAAAAUCUUAUCAUGAUAGACUUUUGAAUAAAUAUUUAAUGAAAGAAAGGAGACGUUUUCAAACUAAAGUAAGACAAACGGAUGCAAUUGGAAAAACAGUAAGGGAAAGACAUCAUACAAAGUCACGGAAAGCUAAUUACAGAAACCUUAAAAACCAUAUAAGAAUUGCAUCAAAAAAUUUCAAGCAGAAAAGAGAAAACGAAACUUUACGUAAAUUUAAAACAAGACAUAAUUAUCCUCUUAGGCAUGGGAGUUUAAUAGAACAAGUCAAAACUGCAACACCCGUUAAGAUUAUAUUGUUGCUUACGGUUCUUUGUAUAAGUAUUGUUGUCAUAGCUGUGCUUUUUAAUUUUCCAUUAAUUUACAAAGUAUUAACUGAAGGCAGUUAUGACGGUGACAGUGAUGCAAAACAGGCAUUAAUAUCAAUAAAUGAAAGAAAACCACGAAAGCGACGCCUUCCUUCUAAAACUAGACAUAGAAAUGUUAAAGAUUUUCAUUGGAAUGUGAAAAAAUUUCUAAAAUCAGAAAGUGAUACUGAACCUGACGUUUCAGAGAAGAAAUCAAAUACCAAUGAAAGCUCUUCUCAGAUUUUAGAAACAAAGUUGUUAUUGAAUAAUGUAAAGGAAAUGCCCAAAAGAAACGAGCAAAAUAUGAAAGUAGACAAACAAAAUAUAAAAAUUUCUAGUAGUGAUAAGAAGGAGACUUUGGAGAUUACUAAAAUGGCCAUCGCCCAAGAACAAGAGUUCGGUGAAGAUAUUGAAACGAAAUCUACAGAAUUAAAAAAAGUAGAUAAUACUGUUGAAUUGUGCACUCCGCUGGCUUCAAACACUAAUAAAAACACUAAAAAUAAUGUUAUAUUAGAACAUGAAAACAUUUUAGACGAGGAAAGUAUUGAAAUUGUUGGUAAAUCAAACACCGAAUGUGAAAGUGAAUCGGGUAAAUGUAGCCAGUACUUAAGUGAGUUAUGUAGUGUUUUAGACGUAGCCAACAAGCAAUUGGGAAAUGAAUUAGUAUAUUUAACCGAUUAUAACAAUUGCAAAACGAAAGUACAGAAGAAAAUGAACUUUUUUAAUAAUUGGAACGUGUGGAAAUAUGAACCUCAUCUAUUAAAGUACCAUUUUAUUGAUAACGCACAAACUAAGGAUGAGACGACCUCCACAGAUAGGGAACAAGUAAAUAUGCGUGCCAAUAUUACCAAACAAGACGCGAGUAAAAAACUGAUUACAAAUCCAGAAAUAGAGAUAACAAAGUUGAGUCAAAUGAGAGAAGUCUUUCAGAAUUCUGUUGAUUCACCUACAUUCAACAAGACUAUCCGAAACACUGCUGUUAGUAAAAACAUUCCGAAGCCACAGUCGUUGAUCGAUGUUUUAAAAGAGUUUCAAAUUGAUGGUUCUUCUUCCGAUUCUUUCAUGAUCGAUAAUGAAUAAAAAAAAACCGGUGUGUGUUAACGAUAAAAAUGAUCAUUCUGAAACAGAAACGAGUUUAUCCUCCAUAUUUAUAAGGAAAUAAAACCAGAAACUAAGGAAAAGAUGUGUU